GGGGAUCACCAUUCGACUCUGGGUAAUAGUUGAAUUAACGUCUUAAGGUUUUGAACUGGAAAGCUAUUUUUAAUAAUUGAAUUCGUAGCGAAUCUACAUCUUGGUACAGUCACUGCAGCGAACAUGAAGACUUUGACCUCGUGUCUCUUUAUUGUGAUCAGCUUUUCGCAAGUAUACGGAUUUUAUGGCAUAUACGGAGGAUACGGAGGUAGAUACGGCGGUUAUGGUCCAGGGCCGAUGUACAAUCCCAUGGGCCGUCUAAAGCGGAUUUGCCCCUAUUAUAACUACGAGAAGAUAGAUGAGGGAUAUGGUUUCUGCAACUGGAAAGUCCUAAAGGAAGUCUAUGAGAAGGAUAGGGACUGGAGCCGUGAUCGAUACAUGCUAACACUGUUCAGGAUGGCGAGGGACAUGAGAUUGUGCUCCUCAAGCGGCACCGACGUCAUCCAAUUACGUGACCCAUGCGCCGCUUUUGAGCAUAUAUGCAAUCUUGGACGAACUGUUGACCUUUGCGAACGAAUACGUCAAGCCCUGCCACCUUCUGGACCGUCAAACACACCUAGACCAAACACACCUCCAGGCCCACCGGGCGGUGGAGUAUAAACGGGUCAGGGACUCGACUCAACAACCCAACCUAUUCGGCUGAAUGGUCAAGUCCACCCAUGAAAUAUGACUGCUUUCAUAUAAGUCAAACAAGCAUAUCAGCGAGAUGGAAAUCGUAUAAAUCUGAUGUAAAAUAAGAAAGUUUUGAUUUUCACCUAUUUAUUUUUCUUUUUAUUCUACAAAACACCAAGCACACCGUGGAUAUGCAAAUAAAAGAUUAUAUUCUCCGUUUAUGAUUUGAAUUUUCAAUAAUGUAAUUUUCCUUCAGUAAUGUAAAACGUGGAUUGAUAUCCUGCCUUUUAAUAUUUUCAUAACUCUGAUAAAAUAAAACAAAAAUCCUCUCCAUUUCACACCAACCAGGAUAUCGACGUCCUCUUAUUUUACAUCCGUCUUUGCUGAUACAUCUGCUGUAUCAGUUUUAUGUGUUGUAUUAUUAUUUCAAUUCUACUUGUCGUUGGGUUUGAACUUGAAUUUGAAAUUUUCUGUUAGUAUUUUGCUAUUAAGCCCAACGCUGCAGAUCUAUGAUCUGACGCUAAAGAAAAUCAAAACGGUAACGUCGUCUACUAUCGCCCUUUGAGGCACAUGCAAACUUAUCUUAUAUCUCUACGGCGUAAAGAUAAUGACUGAAACUUUUCCUUCGACGUUUGGAUAUACGGUAAAUGAAUUUUUAUUCGUAUAAUCGCAGAACGAAUUUUAUGCUAGCUUUUUGCAAAUUGGUUGAUACGUUCGUUAGAUGAAUAUAUUUUUUAUCACAUGUACUCAACAUCAUUAAGUAUUUUAUAAAAUAAUUAUUUGUGUUAAUACUCUAUCAAGUAUAAUUUCUGUAUAUCUGCAUAUCAUUUCUGUGUUUUAUAAAAAUACUUGAAAAUUAAUGGAUAUUGAUACUAUGAGAUGAAGAGAAGUUUGAUUUUUCUGCUCUUUCGGUUUAUGCAAUUUACCAGGAUUACGUGCAAGCGGAAAGAAAAUGUAGUUUCCCCUCAAAAUGCAACGAACUGCUGCAAAUUAUAAUUUGAAUGAUAAAAGAGAGAAAAGUAAAACACACACACACACUGAGACGUGAUAUUAUAGGAAAAGAGAUUCAAUUCAUAUAGGCUAUUAAAGCUCAACUAAGGUAAUAACUAAUAGGGCACUCACUCAUAAGGGGUGAUUGACAAGGUUAAGAAAAUCCAUUUGUUUAGUAUGUUAUAUAUGUUUUUCUAAGCAAAGAACACAUAUAUUUAGUAAUCUGAAUUGACAAUGAUUUUAAGCCG